GACUGAUUAGCAGAAAGGAACGGAAACGGGGAGAGAUUUGCGAGUCUAUGUGUAUUCAACAAAUUGGCUAUAGGUGACACAAUAUUCCCACACAGACACAUACACAAAACUACAUGGGUCUCACUGAACCACAACAUGGAGAACCAGAUAGAUCAUACUUGCGUCACUAACUAAUUCACAAGGUCAAUGGAAGAUGUGAGAACCUGGAAAGAAGCUAACAUAGCUUCAGACAACCAUCUGGUCGUAGUCAAGAUAAAACUGAAGCUAAAGAAACACUAGGCAGAUGGCGAAACAGCAGUACAAAGGUUCAACACAACCUUUUUACGAGAUACUUACAAACCCAACGAAUUCAAGAUAGCACUCAACAACAGGCUACAAGCUUUACAGGAUCUACUCAAAGAAGAUGAAACUACUAUGACGAACAACGGGAUCGGAAUCAAAGAGGCACCAACUUCAACAAAGCAGAAGGUUCUAGGUCACAUCAUCAUAACGAAUGGAUCUCUACGGAAACCCCAGACAACAUUCAAGAAAUGAAAAACAAGAAGACAGCAAUUAACAACAGCCAUACAAAGACAGAGAAAUUCUAGUCACAAGCUGAAUUCACAGAAGUAAACAAGCAAGUGAAGAAGAGCAUUAAGGCCGACAAGCAGAAAUACGUGGAACAUCUAGCAAUGACGGUGGAAAAAGCUGCAACAGAAUGAAGUAUGGGGCAAUUAUAUGACACAACGAAGAAACUAUCAGAGAAAUAUAGUAAACUAGAAACACCCUUCAAAGACAAAGAAGGCAUGACAAUCACUGAGAUUCACGAACGUAGGAACAGAUGGGUAGAGCACAUUGAUCAACUCCUGAAUAGACCAGUGCCACUGAACUCAUCGGACAUCGAAGUAGCACACACAAACGUUCCUGUAAAUGUCACUCUACCAACGAUCGAAGAAAUAAGCAUGACCAUCAGACAAGUCGAGAGUGCGAAAGCAGCAGAACCAGACAAUAUACCAGCGGAAGCACAUAAGUCAGAAAUAGAAGUAACUGCAAACAUUCCCCACAUUCUAUUCAGGAAGAUUUGGGAGGAAGAACAAGUGCCACAGACAGACUGGAAAAAAUGAAACUUCGUCAAGAUUACAAUGAAAGAAUAUCUGAACAAGCGUGACAACUACAGAGGCAUCACACUAUAGAC